AGAAAAUUCAUAAAAAAUGUCACAUGGCUCACCAGCCCCAUCGGCGUCGGUUUCCAGUGACGGCGAAGAGCCAGAAAUAGACGUGAUGCCGAGUAGUGACGAGGAAUCCGAGCCAAUAUACAUUCCAAAGGAGAAGGAACCCGUCGUGAUUCGUGGAGUUGGAAAUAUCACAGUAUUUGGCAUGAAUUCCCGUUUCAACACGGAAUAUCCGCCCGAACUAACCGGAUAUAUUGCUCCAGAAGAACUCUCGGCGACACUGUCUCGCGUAAAUUCUGUGCUCAAACGCCACGUACAAACGUCAUCGCGCUGGCUUUUAUGUGGAUUAGCGUUUUGCUGUUGCUCAAUUGGAUGCUCAAUGUGGCCGGUGUUAUGUCUGAAUCGGAGGACCGUCUUAGCGCUGGAAAAAUGUCUGGACCACGAGAAUGUUAGCCUUUAUCACAAAUUGGGCCUCCACUGGUCCCUGGCUCGGCGCCCAACGGAGCCCUCAGACCGCCUGACCGAAUAUGUGCUCGAAUUGAAAACUUUGCCUAAACCCGCCUUAAAUCUUCCCGAUUAGUCCCCAUCCGGAAAUUGCGAAAUUUUGCACAUUUUUCGAAAAAUUUCGCAUUUUCGCCCACUGUUUCCAAACAAAUUUGUACUUUUUUUGUUCUUCCAUUUGACCUGAUUUUUCCGUAUUUCUGUCUAUUUUUGUAUAUAUUUCCCGAUUGUCAUCACCACCACCACUUCCCCCAAUGCUUUAUUCAGGGUUUUUAGUUUUUUUUUUUUUCAAAUCGAAUCUAGUCUACCAGGCUUAAAUGACUGAAAAUUGGCUUGAAAAUUAUUCGGAAAAUAUCAAAUAUACUGAAAUUCUUUAAAAUUUUGAAAAAUAUAUCUACUUUUCCGAAAAAAAACAUGAAAAUUCUCAUUUCUGAAACUAAUGUGAGCUUUUUCGAAUUUUUUUGAAUCUCAGAAAAUUUGAAUUUUAUCGAAAAUUUUCCAAUUAUUCUUAUAUACCGAAUUUUCAGUCAUUUAGACCCAAUUUUAACUAAAUUCGAAUCCGAUUUUUCGUUUUUUCGACGCUACGACCCCGAAAAACACCCAUUCUUCUCACCUCAACGACUGGUUUUAUCUCUUUUUUAUUUGAUUUAUCGACUUUAAAGUUUAAAAAAAUUCAGAUUCUCCGUUAAAAUGAAAAUUUAGAUUAAA